AUGCUGAAUCCCAGUACCUCAGAUAUCCACACCUCGCCCACGGCCGUUGGAAAUGGAAGAAAACGACCACACCCUAUAGCCGAUUCGGGUUCUGCUAUGCCUUCAGAUCCAUCGGCGCAACAACUACCGCAUCCAGCCAAUGAAAGUGCCGCUAUCCCGUCGAUAGCGAGUUCGUCCUCUUUCCGAAACGUCUCCGCUUGCAAUCGAUGUAGGCAGAGGAAAAACAGAUGUGACCAACGACUGCCACGAUGCCAAGCCUGCGAGAAGGCAGGGGUCCGUUGCGUCGGUUACGAUCCGAUAACAAAACGUGAAAUUCCCCGCAGCUAUGUCUACUUCCUUGAGUCGAGGGUCGCGUACCUCGAGAAGGUACUGAUGGAUAACGGGAUUGAGUAUAAUGAAGCUGUGGCAUUCGAUGAGGAGGAAGCUGUCAAAAUCGAAGCGGGGUAUGAAGCAUAUGCGGGCUCAGCAAACGGACCAGCUGCCGGCGAAAUAGCCGCGCAGGAUGGGAGUAAUGACAAGUCCGUGCGGAUCAAGAAGGAAAAGAAUGGGCCUCUUGGGCUGGAAAAGGCUUCGCGAUAUGACCAUGACCCGGAGGUGAAGCAAGACUCCGACGCAGAAGAUGGCUGGCGGAUACAGAACCUCGUUUCGAAUAUUGGGAUGGUUUCGGUCCAAGGAACCUCGGAUCCGCGGUAUCUGGGUUCAACGUCUGGAAUUUCUUUCGCCCGGGUUGUAUUUGCUGCGGUAAAGAGUUCAGUGCCUGGAAACUCAUCGGAACGUGGUCCAUCGCGCCCGAAGGAACGUCUACCGCAUAGCGCCACGGGAACGGAAGGGAGCACCACGCGGGACUCGUUUUUCGGGCUGCAGACACGGCCGAUGAUGAAGUGUGCAGCAUUCCCGGACAGGGAACUGGCCGAGCGGCUGGCCGAUCUCUAUUUCGAACAUGCGAAUCCGCAGAUACCCAUUGUACAUCGUGUUGACUUUAUGGAAUUGCUCGACCGUACGUAUUCCGUUGACGAGAAAAGCCGCUCCCCUCGCAGUCUGUAUUUUCUCAAUAUCGUAUUUGCCAUUGGAUCUGGAAUCAUAUUUGAAGACAAACCAGCAGAAGAUCAGAAAGAAGGUCGUGAUCAUUCCCCCUCUGCAACCAAGAGACAGCGCCUGUCAAGUCGUCAGUAUCAGCCAGAAGAAUAUCAUGCCUCUGCCAUUGUCCACUUAGAGUCUUUCUUGUCGACUUCUCCAACCACUGAUGGUUUUGGUGCUUUGGAGGAGCUUCAGGCAGUCCUCCUCCUUGCAAGUUUUGCUCUGCUCCGUCCCGUGGCGCCUGGCCUCUGGUACAUUGUCGGGGUUGCAAUGCGUCUUGCAGUUGACCUUGGCCUUCAUUAUGAAGAUGGAGCAGGCAUUGAUGGACCUGAAAAUGACAAUAUGAAUCGUACGAAUAACAAGGACGGCGAAAAGGCGAAGCUACGCAUCGACGACCACGAGCGAGGUCGCCGAGAAUGGGUGCGUGACUUUCGUCGGCGAUUGUGGUGGUGCUGCUACAGUUUUGAUCGUCUGGUCAGCUGCUGUGUCGGUCGUCCGUUCGGCAUCAGUGAUCAGGCCAUAAGUACAGAAUUCCCAUCCAUCCUGGAAGACAAAUAUAUCACUAAAUCUGGGAUAAUCAAAGCCCCGGAAGGCGCUCCCAGUUAUAAACAUUCUGCCUUUCAUUAUUUUAAGCUGCGCGUGCUGCAGUCGGAGAUUCAGGACGUUCUGCAGCACCAGCAGGCCCGAUUCGCCCGACAACGAGGCCCACCCGGCGCCAGGAGCUUUAUGCGCCUUGAUGUCGUGUCACCCUUCCUUCAAGGUUUUGACUCUUUCCGAUCGUGGCGGAGGGACGUUGAUCGGCGGUUGUUGGAAUGGAAGAAUAGUGCGCCGAUGCCUUCGGAAAAUGGUGUGAGGUUUCCACUUGAGUUCCUGGAGUUGAACUACUGGCAAGCAGUCAUCAUGCUCUAUCAGCAAAGCCUCACCGUUCCCGCUGAGUUGGCUGAUGAGCUUUCCCCUGCUGAGGAUGUUUCCAGUCCGUCCUUUUCUCAGGUAGAAGAGGACGAACAUGAUAUCUAUUACAAGGUUGCUGAAGCUGGGCAAAAAGUCAUACGGAUAUACCGUCAGAUGCAUCGUGUGCGAUUGGUUAAUUAUACCUAUCUAGCUACUCAUCAUAUUUUCAUGGCUGGAAUUUCAUUCCUGUAUGCUAUCUGGCACUCGCCAUAUGUGCGGAGUCGUCUGACACUUGAUGAAGUGGACUUCACGGUCCUAGCAGCGACGUCAGUGCUUAGGGACCUCAUGCACAAGUGCCCACCCGCAGAAGCUUGUCGUGACGCAUUCGAACGGAUGAGCAAGGCCACCGUCGAAAUGAGUCUUUCUACAACUGGCUUUGGGCCACAGGUUGAACUGAACCGGGUGCAGACCAGCACUAGCGGGUCAAGACAGUUUAAUGCAACGCAAUCCAGAUCAAGGCCAUAUUCGCGACAGCAAGCAGAGCAACGGCAGCGACAGAGCGCAUCUCGGCGACAAUUACAAAUGAGACAGUCUCGGCCUCUACCAAGAUUCGAUAUGAACCUCGAAGAUCUCUUUGGCGACAACCGCGCAGUCGCUGAGAGGCAAGGUAGUGGUGGCAUGGGAAAGCUAGCCCAACCCUACCCUGUCUCUGAGACUUCGGAUCCUAAUUUUGCGCGGCCACAAUCCCAUCGCAAUCCGUCUAUGGAAUAUUACGGCCCUUUCGAGAACCCCGUCUCGCCACAGCAGCCCCAACCACAACCGCGAUACUACUACAACAAUUCCCCCCAGCAGAGCGGAUCACCCGGCAGCGUCGUUGCGGCCAGCGGUAUCCCACCAUACCAAGUAACACCUACAGAGCAGGAAAACCCCUCGGGCAUGGGUCUCGAUUAUCUGGAUUACGAUCCAACAGGUAUCGAGCGCCAGCUGUCCCUGGGAUCUGAAGAGAACUCGGACUUUAAAUUUCAAGGCGGCGCACAGUCACUGGGCCAUGGUGCUGGCCAUAAUUUCGGGAUCGAUCUAGGUUUCGGCAUGGCCGUUGAUUUUCAACAUGAUUGGAGUGAAAAUGCCAAUUAUGAUCUACUUGAGGGGUAUUUCUUCGGUGGAGCAGGCGCAACUGGACCGGGACAUGGGCAUGGGCAUGGCUCGGGUAUAUAG